AUGAAACAAUACUCUUCUCAGAUAUCAUUAACUUUUUCUUUCAUCAACACAUUUCUUUUACUCCCACUACUCUUGAGCCAAUUAUAUGUUACCGCAGAUGAGAUGUACACAUCUUGUGAACCUUUUAGCUGCGGUAAUUUUAUUAAUAUAACUUAUCCUUUUUGGAAUAUUAACACUCAACCUAGCUAUUGUGGACACCCUGAGUUUAUGCUUGACUGCCGAAACGGAAGCUUGACUAUGAAAAUCAAGGACCAAAAGUUUCACAUCCUUCAUAUAAAUCAAGCCUCUCAAGUUUUAAGGAUUGCAAGAGAAGAUAUGUGGGAUUUUAUUCCUGGGGAUAAAUAUCUUUGUCCCAAACGUUAUACUAAGGUGGACAUAGAUUUUCAUUUCUUCAAUUACACUUCUAACAAUGAAAUCUAUACUAUGUUGUAUGAGUGUGGUCCUCUUCCAGAUUCAUACUAUUCUCCCUCGAAUCAAUAUAAUUUUAAAGUAAUGUCUUGCCAUAUGGAGGGAAAAUUUCAUAUUGUAUACAUAGUAUCAAGCGCCAAAUUGACUGAUUUUAGUGUUAUGAAGUGUAAGAAUAAUAUCACAGUUCUUGGAAAAAAGAAUUCUUUGAAAAACAACUCAAGAGCUACAAAGGAUGUUUUAGAUGAAGGAUUUGAAGUGAGAUGGAAUGGUGUGGGAGAUGAUACGUGCCAUAAUUGCAUAAAACAUGGAGGGAGAUGUGGAUACAAAAGAGCAGAAAAUGCAGUUAUGUGUCUCUCAAAGGAAUCCACAUUACCAAAAGGAAAAUGGAAUUGGAAAAUGAAACUCACUACUGGUGUCAUUUCUUCUAUGUUGGCAACACUUGUUAUCAUCGCAUCCAUAUGCAUUUAUAGGCGCCACAAUAAUAAUAGUUAUGCUGAGUCCUAUAUACACUCUCCUAGCAUCUCCUUACAACCAUCUAAACGGAUUAGCAAAAGUAAAAACUUUGGAGUCGAGCAUUUCAUCUUUGAUGAUCUUGAUGUGGCCACAGAGCAUUUUAGCGAUGACAACAGACUAGGAGAUGGAGGCAGUGGCGAAGUAUUUCGUGGAAAACUACUAGAUGGGCGUGAAGUGGCGGUGAAAAGACUUUUUGAAUACACCAGAAAUAAAGAAAAACAGUUUCUCAACGAAAUAGAAAUACUAGCAAGGGUUGUGCAUCCCAAUCUUGUGUUGUUAUAUGGUUGCACAUCACUAAUAAGCCGAGAAGCUAUGGUUGUCUAUGAAUAUGUUUCUAACGGAAGUUUGUACAAUCAUCUUCAUGGUGACAAAGAAACAUCUAAAAAACUUCCUUGGAAUAUUAGGAUGAGGAUUGCUGUGGAGACUGCAGAUGCAUUGAAGUAUCUUCAUGCUUCUAAUAUCGUCCACAGAGAUAUUAAAUCGAGUAACAUUCUUUUAAAUGCCGAAUGUCAUGUCAAAGUAGCAGAUUUUGGACUCUCCCGCAUCUUUCCAAUUGAUAAAAGUCGUGUUUUAACAACUCCACAAGGGACUUUGGGCUGUGUAGAUCCCGAGUACAAAAAAACUCAGGAGCUUACUUAUAAAAGUGAUGUCUUUAGUUUUGGAGUGGUGCUGAUAGAGCUAAUAACAUGUUUGCGUGCUUAUGAUGAUAUCAGCAGAAAGGACGGUGAUGUCUUUCUGUACAAAAUGGCUAUGAAAAAAAUUCAAAAUCAAACUUUGACUGAUAUUGUGGACAAUACCCUCGAUUUUAAUUCAGAUUCCAAAGAAAAUCAAAUGAUUAAGGGUGUUGCCGAGUUAGCAUUUCUGUGUCUCCAAGUUUCUAGUGAUAUGAGACCAACCAUGGAAGAUGUGCUCGAAAACUUACUGAAUAUUCAAGGUGUGAAUGAGAUCCAACCUGAAGCAGGUAUUAGUUCUAACCCAGAUGAUGAAAUAAAGUUACUUAAUAGUGAUUAA